AUGAACGAAGAAGAACUCGCGCGCGUCCUUAGACGUGAUCCCAACAUUAACGUCGCCAGGCCCCUAUACCAAAGACCCGAGCGGACCGAACCUCUCAAAUGGGCUCCAUAUACUCCCCACACCAUGAAGCAAAGUAAUUUACCACGUUACAUAACGAUUCGUACAACCGAGCCCCUACAAUGGAUCCCGCGAGAACAUAUAAAGAGCGCAUGGCCACUCCUUCCUCAGCGACCCCCUGUAUUUCCCGAGCUUCCUGUGAAGAAACACGGUCUUGAACAGUUUGAGGUUGAAGAAGCAAGGAAGAGGCAAAGGAAGGAGACACGCAGAGCCCAAAAAGAGGCAGAAAUGGCAAAAUUAGUUCCUCCUCCAGCACCUAGACCGGAAAUCAUGCCUCUAUCUCCGCAAGCUGUUCGCACGCCCAGGCCAAUAGAUCCAAGUACUGAAGCAAGACGCAAAAAAUGGUCGGGCCCUGGAGACUGGGAGUUUAAAUGGAAACAUAAUCCACGCCAGGAUGCAAAUAUGGCAGUGAGAGACAGUAUUCCGGAUGACAUGUACGAGCCCCCAAUCGUCAGAUCAAUGCCCGAUCGAAUUCCUAUAAACAAGAAUUUGCAAAUCGAAAUAUCAUUUAUGGAAGGUGUCAUCUUUUAUCCGAGUAGAAUACCCGCCAGUGGAGAUUGUUUUUUCGGUUCAGUCUCAAUGGCUUUGUAUGGAACAACUCUAUAUUGGCACUAUACAAAGUACUGUCACUUGUGGUUUUUUCGUUACGUGCUCACGCAUCCUGCACAUCCGCGAUAUGACUUUUACUGGCAUUUAAAUUCUAUUGGAAACGCUGAUGACGAAAUGAAUAUGUGGGAGCGAUUGAACACUCCACAUGCCUGGCAAUCAAGCGAGCUCUUCAAUGUCACAGCCGAUAUCUACAACCUCUUUGUAGUACUAUACGAGGCACCCGCUACGAUCGAUCUCUUUGGCCAAUACAACGCGACGCACACGUUUUUCCACCUCAUCAAUCGGAAUCAUUAUGAAAGUUUGAUUCCCAAGGACAAGGAGAUUCAGUUUCCUUUUCCCGAUGGCGUGAUGGUUAGCCCCAGGCCUGGAAGAGCGAAGUUACGACUUAUCGGUGGAGGCAGAAAUAUUGUGCCUCCACCCAUUGCGCUGCCAGUCAUUCCACUUCCGUCAUUGAUGGAUAUGACUCGAGUUCUUGGAAUCAAUACCGCAGAAGGAGCUCUAGAUAUUGAGUUGGUCAAAACCGGACUCAGAAGAGAAAGAAGGCUGGCAAAGGAGCUAAAUGAUCCUGCAGAGAUCAAGUGGUGGGUGGAAGCAGAAGCUAAGGAAAAGGAAGAUGAAAGGAAAGCAGAAGAAAAAAGGAUCGCCGACGCAGCAAAAACAAAAACUCCAAAGAAGGUCAAAUUACCUACAAACGAACAAUUAGCAGCAGAUCUCGCGAGAGUGUUGGCAAAGGGGAAGAAGCCCGAGCCCGGAAAGGUCACAAAGGAAGACCCAAACAAUCUCAAAAGCAAGAAGAUUCCAAAAAGGAUAGUCCACGAUCUUAAUAGCGACGAUGAAGACAAUUAUCUUGACGAAGCCGAGAACUUGAUUCCGGAAAAUCAACACACACCGGGAGGAACGAAAAAGAAAAGAAAAUUCACCGGUUUCGGUCUUGAUUACGAUGAUGAUGACAGUGAUGAUGACGAUGAAAGUGAUCUUUACGAAGCAGCAAAACAGACACCCAAAAAGUCGCCGACAGUGAAGCCGCCAAAGACUCCUGGAAAUCCUGAUAAGAAGUCUUCUUCCAAGACGGUAAAAGCAAAAAAAAGACCGCCUAGGUGGUAA